GGACAAUCGAGAAAAGGGGAGGAAGACGACAUACGGGCAGGUUUCAACUUGCACCUGCCAUGGCUGCGGUCUAUGCCCUCGUGCUGACUCAGAUACGCGUGCCUAGUCAGCACUGAUUGGCGCACCCGGAAGCAGCUCAGAUCCCCUCUGGCAGGGGUGGCUUUGAUCCCUCCAUAAAAAGCCUUUUUAUUCCCAGCUGCAUAGUAUGCAGGCUCUCUGUGCCCAGACAGCCAAGGCGCUGCCGCUGUUUGUUAGCAGUUCCAACAACCAAUUCCGCUUGCGGAGCGCUUCGCCUGUGUUGAGGUCCGUUGCGGACAGCCUGCGCGCAUUCAGAAGCUCGUUCCUGUCCUCAAAGGCUGACCAGGGGUCGCGCUGGUUCGAAGCGGGAUUGCAUAGCAAGGCUUUCUCAUCGCCUCUGCCUGCAAUUUGCUCCGCAACUCUUGUUCAAUCUCCUGAGAAGAUUUCCAAGUUUGAGCGAGGGGAUUACCGAUUCGCUUCAACCAUGGCCACCGAGAAUCCUUAUCAGCACCUGCUGAAGGAGCUCAAGAAGCCGGACGGCAAGGUUUCAAAAUACUACAGCUUGCCUGAUCUGAAGGAUCCCAGGAUUGACAAGCUGCCGGUCUCCAUCAGGAUCCUGUUGGAGUCAGCCAUCCGGAACUGCGACAAUUUCCAAGUGAACAAGAAGGAUGUAGAGAACAUCAUUGAUUGGGAGAAGACAUGCCCCCAGCAAGUGGAGAUUCCUUUCAAGCCCGCACGAGUCAUUCUGCAAGAUUUCACUGGAGUCCCAGCAGUGGUGGAUCUUGCGGCGAUGAGGGAUGCGAUGAAGAGGUUGGGAGGAGAUCCGAAGAAAAUCAACCCUCAGGUGCCUGUCGAUCUGGUCAUCGACCACUCUGUGCAGGUCGAUGCAGCCAGGACAGCGAAUGCUCUGGAUAUCAACAUGCAGCUCGAGUUUGAGAGGAACAGAGAGCGCUUUGCAUUCCUGAAGUGGGGCGCUAAGGCUUUCGACAACAUGCUGGUGGUUCCUCCUGGGAGUGGUAUCGUGCAUCAGGUCAACCUGGAGUACCUUGCGCGCGUGGUCUUUGACAAAGACGGUUUCCUGUAUCCGGACAGUCUUGUCGGGACAGAUUCUCACACCACCAUGAUUGAUGGCCUGGGUGUCGCUGGCUGGGGUGUGGGUGGCAUUGAGGCAGAGGCUGUCAUGCUUGGCCAGCCAAUGAGCAUGGUUUUGCCCCAAGUCGUGGGAUACAAGCUCACCGGCAGUCUGCAGACGGGGGUGACAGCUACCGACCUGGUGCUCACUGUGACACAGAACCUGCGCAAGCACGGUGUGGUUGGGAAGUUCGUGGAGUUCUAUGGCGAGGGAGUGCAGCACCUGACCAUCGCUGACCGCGCCACCAUCGCAAACAUGUCUCCUGAGUACGGGGCCACCAUGGGUUUCUUCCCGGUGGACAAGCAGACCCUCAACUACUUGGCGACCACAGGGCGCGACAAGGAGCGCGUGCAGCUUGUGGAGAAGUAUCUCCGCGCCGUGGGCCUCUUCAUCGACUACAACGAGCCCCAGACUGAGAAGGUCUACUCGUCGAACCUGGAGCUGGACCUGAGCUCUGUCGUGCCUUGCAUCUCGGGGCCCAAGAGGCCACAUGACAGGGUUGCGCUCACGGACAUGAAGGAUGACUGGCACUCGUGCCUGGACAACAAGGUCGGCUUCAAGGGCUUUGCGAUACCCAAGGAGGCCCAGGACAAGGUGGCCAAGCUAAGCUACAACGGCCAGGACACAGAGCUGAGGCACGGCGACCUGGUCAUCGCUGCCAUCACCAGCUGCACCAACACGUCCAACCCCAUGGUCAUGCUGGGCGCGGGCCUGGUGGCCAAGAAGGCUGCGGAAAAGGGCCUCUUUGUGGCGCCCCACAUCAAGACCAGCCUGGCGCCCGGCUCUGGAGUCGUCACGCAGUACCUGCAGACCAGCGGCCUGAACCAGUACCUGGACAAGCAGGGCUUCUCCCUUGUCGGGUACGGGUGCACCACCUGCAUCGGCAACAGUGGGGACAUUGCCGAGGAGCUUGGCAAGGCUAUCACUGACAAUGACCUGGUUGUGUCCGCUGUCCUGUCUGGCAACCGCAACUUCGAGGGUCGCGUCCAUCCCCUCACCCGUGCCAACUACCUGGCAUCUCCUCCUCUUGUGGUGGCAUACGCGCUGGCUGGCACGGUGGACAUCGACUUUGCCAGUGAGCCGCUGGGCAAGGGCAGCGACGGCCAGGACGUGUUCCUGCGUGACAUUUGGCCCUCGAGCACCGAGAUUGCGGAGGUCGUGGAGAAGAACGUGCUGCCCGAGUUCUUCACCAGCACCUACCAGUCCAUCACCAAGGGCAACCAGCAAUGGAACAGCCUCGAGAUCACGGGAGGCGACCUCUACGACUGGGACCCCAACUCCACGUACGUGCACAACCCGCCCUUCUUCCAGACCAUGGACAAGAACCCCCCCGGCUACCAUGACGUCAAGGGCGCCAACGUGCUCUGCUACUUCGGCGACAGCAUCACGACCGACCACAUCUCCCCCGCUGGAAACAUCCACAAGGACAGCGCUGCCGCCAAGUUCCUGACGUCCAAGGGCGUUGAGAGGAAGGACUUCAACUCGUACGGGAGCAGGCGUGGUAACGAUGAGAUCAUGGCCCGGGGCACCUUCGCCAACAUUCGGAUCGUCAACAAGUUUUUGGGUGGCGAAGUGGGCCCCAAGACGAUGCACGUCCCGAGCGGUGAUAAGAUGCUGAUCUACGAUGCUGCCAUGAGGUACCAGUCCGAGGGGACCCCCACGAUCAUCCUCGCCGGUGCUGAGUACGGCAGUGGCAGCUCCCGCGACUGGGCUGCCAAGGGACCGUACCUGCAGGGCGUGAAGGCUGUGAUCGCCAAGAGCUUUGAGCGCAUCCACCGCAGCAACCUGGUGGGCAUGGGCAUCAUCCCGCUGUGCUUCAAGGCGGGCCAGGACGCCGAGUCGCUGGGGCUCACCGGCAAGGAGAAGUACGACAUCCAGCUGCCCAAGGAGGACAUCAAGCCCGGCAUGGACGUCGUGGUCAAGACCGACGACGGGAAGGAGUUCACCACCACCCUGAGGUUCGACACCCAGGUCGAGCUUACAUACUUUGCGCAUGGUGGAAUCCUGCACUACGUCCUCAGGAAUCUGCUUUCCAAGUCUUGAGCACAUGGAGGGGCUGUAAGAGCGGCUGGUUUCGUUUGCAACCACAGGACAAUGUUCAGGGUGUGCAGGCAACAGAUUCUUGUAUACAGAAGUAGGCUCUGAGCACUUGGAAUCAGGUUGUUGCUAGGUUAGUCCAUUCCUCAUCCUCGUGUGGUAUGGUCAGGUUGCUAUCGAGCCCACCGGAAAAUCUGCUUUCAACCAUACUCCGCUGUUUAUACUUACGUCUCAAUGGAAGUCCACCUGCAAAGAUAUUUGAUUUGUUGAACUUGAGGCCUUUGAUAUAUACACUUACAAUCCUGAUUGCGGUGUUGCAUCUAGCGAUGAUGCAAUUCCAAACCUGCUCAAGGUGCAGUCAAGAAACUGACGACGUGC